AUGUUGCUUUUCAUUAGGAUACAAUGUCACGCAACCGCCAAAUUUGUAUCGGAUGAACCAUCUUCCCCUUAUUCAUUUGUAUCAUGCUUAAGAAAAGAUGAUUUUGGUUAUGUCUAUAAAUGUGAUUCAAAGGACAAAGCGACUUUUUAUGUUGAAAUGACUAUCUCAAUACCACAAAUUCCCCAAAAUAACACUCCAAAUGCAACCGUAUACAUAUGGGGUGAUCAUUGUAAUAAUCAGGAUGUCUGUCCAGAUCUAGCUGCUUUAGCUGAUUCUGCUAAUAAUGAUAAGAUGUCAAAUUAUCCUGAUGAAGGUCGUGACGAACCCGACCAAUUUUUACAUGAUGAGAACGAUGAUAAUGACCUUGCACAAAUGCCAUUAAAAGAUACAUUAACUAAUGUUGGAAGCAAGACAUCACGUAAAGACAAAGACAUGCGUAGUCCGUCAAUCAAAAAAAGUUCAAAUAAUGAUGAUAUUAAGCGAUCAAAAUCACAAAGAACACAAAAUAGCAAGAAAAAUCUUACUAAACUUAAUGUUUCUGCCGAAAAACAACCAGUUGCAUUAACUGACUUAAAGCAUAAUGAACAUUCUUAUGAUAAUUUUAUACAUGAUUAUUAUAUUGAUGUGGAUAGACAACCCACUAUUGAUAGAAAUUCUUUGAUAAAUGAAAAAGAUGCGUAUUCAUCAAAUAAUGAAAUAUAUGAAAAUUCUUUGAAAACAAACCCACGAAGAUUUAUAAUUAAUCGCCAGCGUGGUGUAUCUCCACCUCCUGAUCGACCAGUCAAGGUGCAGGAUGUAAC